CAACAUGAGCGAGGGGGACGGAGCCGCUGCAGCGCCUGCACGGCCACCCAACGCGCCGGUGGUUGCCAUGGGACCGUGCGCUACGUUCAACAUCCAGCCACCGGAGUCCUUUGACUUUUCAAAUCCACAAGAGUGGGACAAAUGGAUCCGGAGAUUCGAAAGAUUUCGCCUGGCAAGUAACCUAAAUGCAAGCUCCGAGGACAAUCAAGUGAACACAUUGAUUUAUUGCAUGGGGGACGAGGCGGAUGAUAUUCUCCGUGGGUUAAAUCUGAUGGCCGCUCAAAGACGUACAUACCAGGGAGUGCGCGAGGGAUUACAAGGCUUCUUUGUUGUGAAGAAAAAUGUUAUCUACGAGCGUGCUAAGUUUAACAUGCGCAAGCAGAAAGAAGGGGAGAGUGUGGAUUCGUUUGUCACUGCACUAUAUGCGCUGGCGGAGCAUUGUAGCUACGGGAUGCUACACAAUGAACUGAUCAGAGACAGACUUGUUGUCGGAUUGCAAGACAAGGGGCUGUCUGAACGCAUGCAGUUGGACGCGGAUCUAACGUUGGAUAAAGGCAUAAGAAUGGCACGACAAAGCGAGGAGGUGAAAAGGCAGCAGUCUACUCUCCGAGGGGACACCACCAGAUCAGAGGCAAGUGAUGCAAAGUCUGUUGAUAGAGUGUUCAAGAGCAACUUCAAGUCUGCUAAAAACAAACCUCAAUAUGCUGAUAGCCCAAAGUACAAGCCACACAGUACUCAGUACAGCAAGGACAAGGGCGCACAGUCACUGUGUCAAAAUUGUGGCAGCUCUCCAUCCCAUCCAAAAAGUGACUGUCCUGCUAAUGAUGUGAAAUGUCAUGCGUGUGUGCAAGUCCAAAUCAGUGCAUGAAGUUGAAGAGGAUGAGGAGGAAAUCUUCCUCGGCAGUGUCACGGAGGAUGGGGAUCCUUGGAUGGUCAAAAUUGGCAUCCAUGAGAGCAGUGUGACAUUCAAAAUAGACACAGGUGCCGAUGUGACAGUCUUGCCUCACUCAGUGUUCCUAAACACAUACAGAAAUGAUCCACCUAGUCUCAGAAAGGCAACAAAGCCACUCCUGGGACCAGGAAGAAAUCCCCUCGACGUGGUGGGCGUUGCCAGUUUGCUGCUGAGGAGAGGGGAAAAGACAGAGAGGGAGGAUGUGUACAUCGCUCGUCAUGUGCAUACUGCCCUGCUGGGAAGAUCUGUGAGCUGUAGGCUGGGGCUUGUAGCACGCCUAGACAGCGUUACUAUGGAGACAUUAAAGGAGUACUACCCAAAAAUUAUGCACCGGGCUCGGAGAAGUGCGGCAGCCAUAUGCCAUCAAGCUGAGUCCAGGGGCAGAACCAUUCUCACUAAAGACACCAAGGAGGAUUCCAUUGCCUUUAAUGGACAAAGUCAAGCAGGAACUGUCCCGCAUGGAACAACUCGGGGUGAUAAGUCGAAUUGAGGAGCCAACAGACUGGUGCGCUGGCAUAGUGGUGGUGCCCAAAAAGACAGGUGCUGUACGUAUAUGUGUCGAUCUCACCAAACUCAACGAGUCAGUGUGUAGGGAAAAGUUCAUCCUGCCAUCAGUAGAGGAAACACUGGGAAUGCUGGCUGGAGCCAAAAUUUUUAGUAAGCUGGAUGCAAACAUGGGGUUUUGGCAAAUUCCUCUAACUGCAGAUUCAGCGAAACUGACAACUUUCAUUACACCCUUCGGGCGCUAUUACUUCAGGCGGCUACCGUUUGGCAUAGCAUCCGCCCCCGAACAUUUUCAGAACCGGAUGGUGACGGAGGUCACAGAAGGGCUUGAGGGCGUUGUUUGCCACAUGGACGAUGUGCUGGUGUGGGGCCGAACACAAAAGGAGCAUGAUGCUCGCCUGCAUGCCACACUAGAAAAGAUCCAAAAGGCAGGCAUCACUCUGAAUGUCGAUAAGUGCGAUCUGUCAAAGUCAGAGGUGACUUUUCUAGGCCACGUGCUCUCCACCAGUGGCAUCAGCCCAGACCCAAGCAAAACAGAAGCUGUAAGGAAGAUGCAGGAGCCAACAGCUGUGACUAAGUUGAGAAGUUUUCUUGGAAUGAUAAAUCAACUUGGGAAGUUUGUGCCGCAGCUGGCCGAGAGAGACAAGCCUCUGCGAGAUCUCCUGUCAAAAAAGAACUGCUGGGUGUGGGGCGUCGACCAGGCAAGGGCCUUCCAGGAUCUAAAGGAUGCACUGACGUCUACACCAGUGCUAGCCAUGUAUGAUCCCAACAGAGAGUGCAAAGUCUCAGCAGACGCGUCGUCGUACGGGUUGGGAGGCGUACUGCUACAAAAGUGGGACGAAGAGUGGAGGCCAGUGGCCUACAUGUCGCGGUCUCUCACACCAACAGAGCAGAGAUACGCGCAAGUAGAGAAGGAAGCUUUGGGGCUGACCUGGGCCUGUGAGAGGUUCCGCAACUUCCUCAUCGGGAAACAUUUCCAGAUGGAGACGGACCACAAGCCUCUCCUGAGUCUUCUUGGGUCUCAAGCACUGGAUGCUCUACUUCCACGGAUCCAACGCUUCAGAAUGCGUCUGAUGCGCUAUUCUUAUUCUAUCUCUCAUGUGCCAGGGAAGUGCCUGUGGACAGCUGAUACGCUGUCACGAGCUCCUGUCAAGAGAGAGGAGACAGCAGCGGACAAAGAGCUGUUUGAAGAAACCAACAUCUAUGUGGACAUGGUACUGGAGAACCUACCUGCAAGCGCUGACUACCUGGAGGAGCUGAGAGAGCAGCUGCAGAGAGACAGUGUGUGUGCACAGGUGAUGCAGCUGUGUGCUGAAGGCUGGCCAGCACACGGUUCCAAAGAACCAGCACUCAGGCUGUAUUGGGCAGAGCAGGCGUUCCUUACAGUUCAAGAUGGUGUCCUGCUGAAGGGACACAGGCUGGUCAUCCCUUCUACAAUGAGAAAUUAUGUUCUCGCCAAAUUGCAUGAAGGACACCAAGGCGUGGUGAAGUGUAGACAGCGGGCACGACAGUCAGUAUGGUGGCCCGGGCUUAGCCAGCAGCUGAAUGAAUUGGUUCUCAACUGCCGGACAUGCUGUAAGGAGAGACAGAACCACAGGGAGCCGCUGAUGCCGUCACCAUACCCAGGCCGACCAUGGGAGAAGUUAGGAGCUGAUUUGUUCAUGCUCGGUACCAAGACCUACCUGCUGGUAGUGGACUACAUGUCAAGGUAUGUGGAGAUUGCUUUGCUGACCUCCACAAGAUCAAACGAUGUAAUCCACCACCUAAAAUCGAUCUAUGCACGUCACGGAAUCCCGGAUCUUCUCGUGUCGGAUGGUGGGCCCCAGUUCUCCGGAGCAGGCUUUGCCGAGUUCGCAGAGUCUUACGGAUUCCGUCACAUUACCAGUAGCCCAAGAUACCCUCAAGGUAACGCCGAAGCCGAACGUGCAGUACAGACGGUGAAAGGUCUCCUAAAGAAAGCAGAUGACCCCUAUCUUGCUUUGCUCGCUUACAUGGCUACUCCUCUCGACAAUGGGUAUAGUCCAGCGCAGUUUCUCAUGGGGAGGAGGCUCCGCACAACAGUGCCUAUCCUUCCUGUUUUGCUAAAUCCUGCUCUUCCUGAUAGUGAAGCUGUUAUGCGGAAAGAAGGGGAGAAGAGGACAAAAGAUGCACAACGCUACAACCUGCGGCAUCGUGCAAUGAACCUUGACAGACUGAAUCCGGGACAGGACGUGUGGAUCAAGGACCAAAAGAAAGCCGGAGCUAUCAUCGGACGUCACACCACUCCACGAUCGUAUCUGGUGGAAGGAGCCCAUGGGUCUAUCAGACGGAACCGUCGUCAUCUCAUCCCUAUGGGAUCCUCGCCGGAGCAGAGUGGCCGUGGUGCAGCAGAGCCGUUCCUGGGGGGCGUCCCGGAACAACCUUCAGCAGAAACAUCGCAGCAGAGUGUUCCAGAACCUCCAUCUACUCCUACUCCUAGAACCAGGUCUGGGAGGGCUGUGGUGAGACCAACUAGGUUGGACCUAUAAUUUUGUUUCCUAUAGACAUUACAGAGACUCUAAUGAAAAAAAAAGAAUGUUACUGUAUGUGGGAAAAGACAGACAAGUGCAAUUGGAGUGUUUUGGAUAUGUUUUCUUGUACUGUAAAUGUUCAAGUCAGUUGCAGGGCUUAGGUUGAGGACAGUACAGGAUUAGUAUAGGAUGGAUGUUUGAGUAUUGAUGAGAAGUGGAUUGUUCUAAGGGUAAAAUAUGUGUGUGUGUUUGAUUGUCUGGUACAGGCUCAUAUAGGAGCAGACCUUCCAACCACGAGGCAGAAUAAUCCUCAAGGUCUGUUGAAUCAAUGGUGGUCUACCCAUUGAUUCUAGAAAGGGGAGAUGUGGUGUGAUUGUAUUAUGGGAGAACUACAGAGUCGACAGGCUAUGACGUCACGGUGUGCGACGGAGCGGGAGACAGUGUGGGAGUGAGUUAGAGAGCGAGACACUUGUUGUGAUUGAGCUAAUAAAAGUAUCCACGUUAUAAAGUACAGCCGGACUCACGUAUGUAAUUCAGUAACUCGACAAACGAUAUAUGGAUGAAAAAGUGUAUUUUGAUAUAUUUUUACUUAAACUUGAUAUUCGAUAUAUAUCUUGAUAUAUUUUCCGGUGGAAGUAUACAUAUAAAGAUAUUACAUUUUGAGCGAGAUUCAGUGAAAUUGAAGUGAAUGACAACUGUACUGUAAACAGUCAGUGGCACUUUUAUUAACCCAGUUAGUCAAUUUCGUAAAUUUCGUUGGACCUGUACCUGUACAUGCACAAUGACAAUAAAGAUCAUUCAUUCAAGAUGGGUAUUAACAGCACAGAAAAUAAACUGUUUAAGUAGCACAUAAUUACAUAACAUAGAAAAAUAUUAUUUCUACAUAAAAUAAAUAACAUAGCUGUGCAAAUAAUACAAAAUGUAUCAAACUCAGAUAUCAAAUACAUUUGCAGGCAGGCACUUUUUAGUUCCCAGUCGAUGAUGUAAUGGACUGUCACACACGUACGGUUCUGGUCAUUGCCAAGUAAGUGACUUGACUUGACUUAAUUGUGCGGUUAUGAUCUUUCUCACUUCGGCAUACAUUUUUUGCAGCAUUUCUCGUGCGAAAUAUGCAACUUUGCAACUCGAGAACAGUUUUGAUUUGGGCUUACAUGGUAAACAACUCAAAUGAAUGUUUUAUCCAGACGCAUACAUUUGUCCAAAUGUGGCCAAAUAGACGCAUUGUGGGUUUCCUGAACGUCGUUUACAUUGCUAAAAGAAAAAUGUAAGGAAGAGAAUCCCUCUGCCAUCUUCCACUAGUUUUUUUAAUAUAUAAAUCGCCCGCUAGAAAAAUUCCCUCUUCUCUUCUACGACUCUCUCGUCAUUUGGGAUGUCUGUUGCGAUUUCUCUUCCUGGUUCGAUGACCCGCCCUAUCUUGCCUCUGAUUGGCCUGUCCCUAAUGUUUUGCCCUAAUAUUUUCAACCAAUCGUGACUCAUCAUAGUAAACAACCAACCAAUCAUGGAUGUUCUUAUACGUGCACGCACGUCUUGGAAGGAGGAAGGGGAGGGGUUUAGUAGCCCAUGGAUGUUGAGGGAAAGGGAAGCGGGGGGAAGAACAAGGAACACAACAAAUAGGCGGCGUUUGGUCACUUUAACAUGAAAUAAAUUAUAUCGAUAUUACGAUAUUUUAUUAAUUCAUAUCUUGUUUAUAAAUAUAUCGAUAUAUCUUACAAACUCGAUAUAUCGCCCAGCCCUAGGUGUACCGGCAAAAUGAGCUACAAAAGCUAGCAUGCCAACAGUUAACAUGCAUCAAGUAACAAAAUACAUGACUCCUAGAUGUACGGUAUACCUGCAAAAUUAGCCAAAAAAGCUAACAUGUUAAUGUUAGCAUGGUUAACAUACCAAAAGUUGCAUGCAUCAAAUACCAAAAUGAUUCUAAGGUGUUAACCUGUAAAAUAUCCAAACAAAAACAACCUAGUAAAGUGAAUUGUAUUUAUAUAAUGCUUUUUCUCUUCAAACUCAAAGCGCUUUGCAAUGUGAAACUGAUUAUCUACAUUUUUAAGCUACAUUUAAACAAGUGUAGGUGGCCUUGGUAGCAAUGUGGGGGAAGUGUCUUGCUCAAGGACACAUAGGCAUUGAAGGGACGACAGAAAUGUUGUUUUGAACCAGGAACCCUUAGGUUUUUGUCCGGCUGCUCUAACAUCUGAGCCACGACACCCAAGGCAGGCUAAUUUUAGCACACUUACAUGUCAAAGUUAGUAUGCUAACGUUAACAUGCUUACAUGCUAACGUUUGCGUGCUAAAAGUCAGCAUAGAAAUGUGCCAAAAAAGACGAAACAAAACCUUCAAAAAAAUUAUUCAAAAGAUAUCAUGCUAGCAUUUUCACUUUGGGAUGGUUAGGAAAUGUGGACGUUUGAGGAAUUGUCCAUUUUUUUCGAAUGAUGGAAAAUGUCCUGGUAAAUUUGGAAGCCCUGGAAAUGUUGGGGAAAUAAAAAAAAAAUGGUAGCAAGCAUGUCAUGAAUGACCCAAACAUUUUGUUAGUGAAAUGGUUUAAUUCCAAUGAAAAAUGUGAGAGGACAAUGCGGACAAAAAAUAGGGUGGAAUAUGAUUAGAAUAUAGCGCAAUUAUUUAAUCAUGUUUCAUUUUAAACUUGCAAGGUAGGGUGGCCAUGCGGCUUCCUUUUCUAAACGACAAUUUAGUGUGUUGGAUCAGUCAAUCAAUCAAAUUUUAUUUAUAUAGUCCGUAAUCACAAGUGUCUCAAAGGUCUUCACAAAUUCAUAAUGACAGCCCCUGAUCUAAACCCACAUUCGGGGAAAAAAAUAAAAUAAAAGCCCAGAGAGGGAAAAAGAAGUAAUCUUGAGAAGGGAUAGCAAAUGUAAGGAUUCCCCUGCAGGGUGAUCGGCUGCAAUGGAUGUCGAGUGGGUUUACAUUUUGGGUUGUUAAAUUAAUAUGACCCGAACCAACCCCCAAUACAACUCCAUCAGAUGAAUUCUACAUGUUCAUGGAACAAAGGUUGCUCUAUAAUAUUGUAAACAAUAUCAAAUGUUGUAACAAAAACAAAGAACAAUUGAACUUUUCAUUCUGCCUCUUCAAAAGUCAGCCCACUUUCUUUUGGGCAUUCCCACUAGGACUGUGUUUCUUAACCGUAGGGCUGGGGCCCAUUGUUAGUCCGCAAGCGCCCCAAGAGGGCCGCCAAAAUAUAUCUGUUUCUCAGCUGUGUUUCGUAUGGACUGCAGCGGUACUGAGUUGUAAUACACUAUUCUACCACUUGUGGAAGUAAUGACAAUUUCAAACAAACGAAAGACAUCUGGAGCUAAAAUCAUAGAAACAUUUCUUAAGGGAAAAAAUUAUGACUAAAGUGGUAAAGCUGUAUUUUCAUUUGCACUUACAUUUUAUUAACUGUUUAGUUAAGAAACAUAUACAUUAUUAUUAUUAUUAUUAUAAUUGACGUAUGUACAUUUAUUUGUCAUCUGUUUUUAUGAGUCCCUUCUUUUGCAGUAUAUUUGAUUAUUUAUUUUUGUAACCAGCCGGACCUAAGCCUUAAUAAUAAUCUUUGUGAUUAACACAUUGUUUCAUCUCAUUUGACAGAAUGUACCCCGUUUAACUGUAAGUUGGUUAGAUACUAUUAUUGAAUAUGAUUAAUAUCAAGAGUAAAUUACUAAAUCUGUGCUAGUCUUUCAGUGGGCCCUGGGCCCCUCUGUUGUGGAAAUGUAGAGGCCCGAGGUCAAAAAGGUUAAGAACACCUGCGCUAGGAUAUUUCACUUGUAGUAUUUCUGUCAUGCAGUUGUUUUUGUGUGUAUGUGUUCUUUGCGUUUGCAGUAUUUCUGUGUUUGGAGCAUUUGGACGAUAGAGACGUGCAAACCAGCAGGUGGCACUAAAAAGCAUUUAUUCCAGUCACUUGCACACGUAGCACACUGAGCCGCAAUGUUAUUGAUGGGUAAAUGGUGCCUCAGUGAUUUUAUGGCGUUCUCACUAGCUAUAUUGACACUGCACUGAUACUGUUGGUGUUUAAAAAUGCCCUCUACUAAAUCAAAAACAUCACUACAUCUUACCUGCAAAUAGUAUUGAUCGUUAUCAAAUAUAUAGGUUUAAAUACAGUAUCACUCCUUGUGUCUCAUAAUGCAUCGAUGCUUCAGUAUCGUUUGACCCGGCACUAGAUAAUGUUGAUCAAUGAAGCUGAGUCAUCAAAUGACUGUUGCGUAGCUAUGAAAUAAGAUAUCCUGACAUAAUUGGAGAUAAGAAAAAUAUGUAUUUUGUCUUCCAAAAUAUUAAGGGGUCAUCUAUAUUUUGGUCAACACU